AUGGAAAGUGGAAAGGCCAUCGUAAUUCCUCAAGGAGAUGAGGAAGAAAGUCGAGAAACGAGGAUCUGCAUGUCUCGAGGCAAAUGCAAGCUGACGGACGCAUGUGGUUCUCAAGACUUCGCUUCCGUCAUCAUGGGUCAGACACUUUCAGAGCCCGUCACAGAGAAGACGACGUCUUCGGGCGGCAAUGACUCGGUUCUGUACGCAAUCUCCGAGAUGCAAGGUUGGCGAAUCAGCAUGGAGGAUGCUCAUACAACCAUCCUCGACAUUGAAAAUGCGGAAGGCGGCAUCGUUGGCAAUUUCUUCGGCGUCUUCGAUGGUCAUGGUGGCUCCUCCGUCGCCCAAUACUGUGGUCGCGGCUUGCACAACACUCUCAUCUCUGAGGACAAGUUCAAGCAGGGUGCAUACACAGAAGCGCUUCAAAAGGCCUUCUUGGACGUUGAUGAAGAACUCAAAAAAGAUCCCAACUACACCAACGAUCCCUCCGGCUGUACUGCUGUGACUGCCUUUGUCAAGACAAAUGCCAAGAACCCAAAACGUCUCGAACGAAUCUUUGUCGCAAAUGCCGGUGACUCGAGGUGCGUGCUAUCCCGAGCCGGAGCAGGUCUCGAGAUGAGCACCGACCACAAGCCUACGCUGGAUUCCGAGCGAGAGCGUAUCGAAAACGCCGGUGGAUACGUCAGCUGGGGACGUGUCAAUGGCAACCUCGCCCUCAGUCGAGCUAUCGGUGACUUCGAAUUCAAGCGCUCCUUCGAACUUCCUGUAGAAGAGCAGAUCGUCACCGCCUUCCCCGAGGUACUCGAAAAGGACGUUCUCGAGGCCGAAGACGAGUUCCUCGUGCUUGCCUGCGAUGGUAUUUGGGACUGUCUCAGCAGUCAGGACGUGGUGGAUAUCGUGCGACGUUCGGUCGCCAACGGCAAGGAGCUCACCGAGAUCUGCGAGGAUCUCAUGAACCGCUGCCUCGCUCCGGACUCCGACACAGGCGGUAUCGGCUGCGACAACAUGACAGUUUGCGUUGUCGCGCUGCUCAACGGACGAACCAAGGACGAGUGGUACAGCUGGAUCAAGGAGAACAUCGAGGUAGCCAAAUUUGGUCGCACCACACCUCAGGACGUGGCACCCGUGUUCAAAAACACGCAACCGUCUGCGCGCGGUGAGGAGAGCGGUAUGGACGGUGCCGUUAGCAUCCAAUCGCUCCUCUCGGGAGGAUUGUCGCGCGGCGAGGACGGCGAGGACGGAGCGGCGGGAUCGCUACGAUUGCCCGGCGGUUUGGCGGGUGCGCUGAGCGGAGCCGGCAUCGUGUUCCGACCCGGCGGACGUUCGGACGAGGGCGAUGUGGUGUAUGAGGCACACGUCGUCGACGAAGAGGACAGCGGGGACGAGCAAUCCGAACAGAGCAGCGGCGAGUCGAACGUCAAAGCAGCCACCACCGCAAGCUCGACGGAAAGCAAGGACGCCGAGCCGAGGCUGGUGGAGUCGCCGCACAUGGACGCAAAGCCGGCCAGCUCGACACAAGAGGCGGACAAGAUGGAGGUCGACGAUGAGCUGAGCACCUCUGCAAAGUCACAAGACGCUUCGAGCGCUUAA